GUCACUUCUUUUUUUUUUCUCUGCACAGAAAUCCAAAUACUGUUUUUUCUUUUUCUCCAUUGCUUUUCUCUUUUUAGGUGUUCUCUUUCAAGAACUGGCUAACACUCAGGAAACACUUGCGGAGGAAACCAACAAGAACCAGGCGGUGGUUCUUGCCCUCUAUGAUGCCCUAAACACCCGAGACGUUCAGACCGUUCACCAGAUACUUGCUCCAGACCUUGAAUGGUGGUUCCACGGCCCCCCUUCUCACCAGUUUUUGAUGCUCCUUCUCACUGGAGCUUCUUCCGACCACUCCUUCCGUUUUAACGUUGACCCGCUCUCGCUCACCACCUUUGGAUCCACCGUCAUCGUCGAAGGCUGCGAUCAAAGCCUUUCGAUCUCGUGGAUCCACGCUUGGACCGUGACGGAUGGGAUAAUCACCCAAGUGAGGGAGUACUUCAACACUUCUCUCACCGUUACUCGCCUUGGAGACCCUACCCAAUCUCCACCGUCCACUUACGGUUCAUCUUCGACGGCAGAGAUUACACCCGCAUAUUGCCCUUCCGUCUGGGAGAGCAGCUUCUCCAACCGGGUCGGGAAAUCUGUUCCGGGUCUUGUCCUGGCCAUUUAGUCUCCAUAAUCUCUCUGUUACGAGUAUGGCAAUAUAAUAGCAUAAAAUAAAGCAAAACUAAAAGUGUCCUACGUGUUUGUUAAGACCGCAGAUGUGUGUUUGCAUUUAGAACCUUUAGUUGGAGGUUCUGUUGAUCUGGUUUUAUAUUUGUUUAUUAUCGUCUAAGUUUGAUUCCAAUGCAUUCGGCUUUGGAGAUAUGUGGGUCCAACGUCAGAACACCUUCCUGUUCUUCUUACCCUACUCUCUGUCAUUUCAAGUGUUUCUUGUGUGCACUAAAAGCCUGGUGUUUUUUAAC